UGUCAUUCUGGCUGUGUCCUUGUUAGCUAACGCGAUAGUUAGCGGCUGGGGAAAUGUGUACCAUUUGGAAAGAUGAAUUAAACUGUGCCUAAAGAGUGGAUUUGAAAAAGAUUUUUGUUAAUCUGCUGUUGAUAACAGCACCAUGUUGCGUGUCGGGAGCAAAGCCGCCUGCAUGGCCUGCAGGAACCUGGUCUCCACCAACAUGGGGAUGAGAUUUCUGGUACCGCUGCAGAAGCUGCACCCUCUGUCCCGUGCCAUCCACCACCGCUAUUCGGCAAACACCAACCCUCAGCGAUAUCCUCAUCGCACGGCAGCCCGCUACUUCACUUCUAUGUCACGGUUGCCCAUGCGACCACCCAAGCCACCUCCUGGAUCAGGGGGCCGUAGCUACCAGCAGAAGCGCAACUUCUGGGUGGCCCGCCUUGCUGCUAGACUGCUGAAGCUCCGAUACAUUCUGCUGGGCACGGCAGUGGGAGGAGGGUACACAGCUAAAAAGACCUAUGAGGAAUGGAAGGAGUUGCUGCCUGACUUUAGUGAAUACAACUGGGUCAUUCCUGAUUUUGUCUGGGAACUGAGUGAACAAAUUGAUCUCGAAAAAUUGGCCAAGGCUCUACCAGAGAUUGAGGAAAUAGCCAAACUACUACCUGACCUUGACAAGAUAGGAGAGAACUUCACUUUCCUCAAAAGCCUCCUGUCUACUGGUGUGAGUUUGGGUAGUGAAGUCAAAGGAGCUGGUCUGCAUCUUUUGUUAGAAACCUCAGGUGAUCCUCCUCUAAAAGCCACAGAUUCUUCUGCUGCAGCCACACAAGAUGCCGGUGACAAGCAAUACAAAAAGGGUCUGCUUGGCGAGCUCAUUCUUAUUCAGCAGCAGAUCCAGCGGCACGAGGAGGAGGUCCGGCGGGCCGCUGCAGCCAAUAGUGCGCGUCCCCCACCGCCAGAGCCUGCUCCCAGUCCGCCUCCGAACCCCAGCCCCCUUCAACAGAAACGAAAGUCAUCAGACAAAGAAAAGAUAGACCAGCUUCAAGAAGAACUGCUUCGUACACAGCUAAAAUAUCAGCGCAUGCUGGAGAGACUGGAGAAGGAGAAUAAAGAGUUAAGGAAAGUGGUGCUGCAAAAAGAUGAUAAGGGGAUUCACCAAAGGAAAGUGAAGAAAUCCCUUAUUGACUUGUAUUCUGAGGUUCUGGACAUUUUGUCUGACUACGAUGCCAACUACAACACGCAGGACCACCUACCCAGGGUGGUUGUGGUCGGGGAUCAGAGUGCUGGGAAGACUAGUGUGCUGGAGAUGAUAGCUCAGGCCAGGAUCUUUCCUCGGGGCUCAGGAGAGAUGAUGACUCGCUCCCCUGUCAAGGUAACACUAAGUGAAGGCCCCCACCAUGUGGCCAUGUUCAAGGAUAGUGGCAGAGAGUUUGACCUGACCAAGGAGGAGGAUCUCUCUGCUUUGAGGCAUGAGAUUGAGCUGAGGAUGAGGAAGAGCGUGAAGGAGGGACAGACAGUCAGCUCUGAGACAAUAUCCUUGAGUGUCAAAGGCCCUGGCAUCCAGAGGAUGGUGCUUGUUGAUUUACCAGGUGUCAUCAGUACGGUGACUGCUGGCAUGGCAUCAGACACUAAGGAAACCAUCUUCAGCAUCAGCAAAGCCUACAUGCAGAACCCCAACGCUAUCAUCCUCUGUAUUCAGGAUGGCAGUGUCGAUGCAGAGCGGAGCAUUGUAACUGACUUGGUUAGCCAGAUGGACCCCCAAGGGAAGAGGACUAUCUUUGUCCUGACUAAGGUGGACUUGGCUGAGAAGAACCUGGCCAGCCCGAGCAGAAUCCAGCAAAUAGUGGAAGGAAAGCUGUUUCCCAUGAAGGCCCUGGGCUACUUUGCUGUGGUGACAGGCAAAGGGAGCACUGGUGAAAGCAUAGACUCCAUUAAAGACUACGAGGAGGACUUCUUCCAGAACUCCAGAUUACUUAGGGAUGGCAUGUUGAAGGCCCACCAGGUGACCACAAAGAACCUGAGUCUGGCCGUCUCCGACUGCUUCUGGAAGAUGGUUAGGGAGUCUGUUGAGCAGCAGGCUGAUGUCUUCAAAGCAUCCCGUUUCAACCUGGAGACAGAAUGGAAGAACAACUACCCUCGUCUGAGAGAGCUGGACAGGAAUGAACUUUAUGAAAAGGCCAAAAAUGAAAUCUUGGAUGAAGUCAUUAGUUUGAGUCAAGUGACUCCACAACAUUGGGAGGCCAUCCUGCAGAAGAAGCUGUGGGAACGUGUUUCUACCCAUGUAAUUGAGAACAUCUACCUGCCUGCUGCCCAAACAAUGGACUCUGGUACCUUUAACACCACCAUAGACAUCAAGCUCAAGCAGUGGACUGACAAGCAGCUUCCACACAAAGCGCUGGAGGUUGCCUGGGAGACACUGCAGGAGGAGUUUGCCCGCUUCAUGGCUGAAUACAAAGGCAAAGACCAGGACGACAUCUUUGACAAGCUGAAGGAGGCUGUGAAGGACGAGAGCAUCAAAAGGCACAAGUGGAAUGAGAGGGCCAUGGACAGCCUGAGGGUAAUCCAGCACAAUGCCCUAGAAGACCGUUCCAUCACAGACAAACCUCAGUGGGAUGCAGCAAUCCAGUUCAUGGAAGAAACCCUGCAGUCACGUCUCAAAGACACUGACUCAGUAAUUAGAGACAUGGUGGGUCCAGACUGGAAGCAGAGGUGGCUGAACUGGAAGAAUCGCACACCAGAUCAGCACAUCCGUAAUGAAACAAAAAAUGAGCUGGAGCGUUUGCUGAAGCUGCAUGAUGACCACACAGCCUACCUGGCCAAUGACGAGGUCACCACAGUGAGGAAGAACCUCGAGGGACGAGGGGUCGAAGUUGACCCUGUGCUGAUCAAGGACACGUGGCAUCAGCUGUAUCGCCGACACUUCUUGCAGAAGGCACUGGCUCACUGUAGCCUCUGCAAGAGAGGUUUUUACUACUACCAGAGACACUUUGUUGACUCUGAGUUGGAGUGCAAUGAUGUGGUACUGUUCUGGAGGAUCCAGAGAAUGCUGGUCAUCACAGCCAACACUCUCCGACAACAGCUCACCAACACUGAGGUGCGCCGGUUGGAGAAAAAUGUGAAGGAGGUGCUGGAUGACUUUGGGGAAGACAUGGAGAAGAAGACCCACCUCAUCACUGGUCGCCGUGUACAGCUGGCGGAGGAUCUCAAGAAAGUUCGUGAGAUCCAGGAGAAACUUGAAGCCUUCAUAGAAGCUCUUCACAAGGAGAAAUAAAACAAUUGAAAGUACAUGUUUGGAUCACAGCAGAGAGAUGCACUGAACAAAGACAAGUAAAUCUGUAAAUGACCGUCAUCACCUCCUUGCCCUGCCUCACCACACCAUCACCUGAUUUUAAUGUCCCGGCUUGCCUUCCUGUCGUCCCCCCCCAUCCCACCCCACCCCCACCCCCACCCGACAAAGAUGGAAGAUGGACCUGGACCUGAAGGAUAAUAUGGAGGAACAGUUUUCAAGCUUUCUUUGAUUUUCUUUUGUUUUUUUCUUCUGUCUUCUUGCUGUCCUGCAUCAAGAGGGGGACUUCUGCACAGGAGCCCAAACAAACAGUCAGAUCAGGAGGAAAAUGAGAAGCUUGCACAGCAUUUUCAAUAAAUAAGGCUUGUGUACAUUUUCAUCUCCCCACUUUCUUUUUUUUUUUUUUCUCCUGGCCUUUGGUGUUUGUGUAUAUGUGAUUCCAGAGUGUGUGCAAUCACUGAUCUGUGUACAGAGAAAUGCACAACACUGUCACUGGUCCUGAUGGGUGAAAUAGCCUUGAAUUUCAUACCUUUAUCUCACCUGGUGCUCACCAAGUCACCCAGCUGGUAGACUCAGAACUUGCCUCUCUUAAAAGUUCAAAAUAAUCUUUUUGUUGCACUUAGGAUCCAAAGCACUUAAGUUAUCCCUCCAAGCUAAAUCUGUAUUCUCCAUUUACUCUACAUGUAAACCCAAAUAAGACUUUAGUUCCAGCAGAUGUUCUCACCUUGAAUCUGUAAGAAUUGAAAGUAACAACAUGGUUCAACAUCCAGCUUCUUCUCAGCUCUGAAGGUUUUGGAAAUAAUAUUAUGUAAAGAUGUAAUUUCUCAUUAUUUUGGUCUAAUGGGGUGAAUUUGACAAAUCGUGUGUUUGUAUGUCUGCCAAAUGCACAUAAUGCUCUGGCCAUGCCUCUAACUCACGUUUUGUCUCUGUGAGUCUAUGUGUAAAGCUCCAUCAUUGUACAUUAACAUUUCAUCUACUAUAUAUCUGCCUGUGUUUCAACUGACAAUUCAAUAGUAAAACUUCCAAACGGAAGAAUAGGAUACCCUCUUAAUAGAUAAAAAUGUAAUUAAACAAAUUCAGGAUGUUUGUAGAGCAUUUAGACACAUGAUUAAACCAAUUACUGCAGUUUUUAACUGAUUAUGUGAUCAUACAUAUGAAUAUAUUACAUUGUUAUACCUAUUUAUAUGGUAUAUGAUGUCAUUACUCAACAUCCAUAUUACAUUGUCAGUUAAAAAGUGUCAUGAUCAUGGUUAAAAAAUACAUCAGCUACCAAUUUAUAGAUAGAUCUCAUUAGAUUUUGAAACACUAUUACAAUAUUUGUCAGUUGUGACACCCCAUGUCUCCCUUUUUGUCUUGCAUCCAGUCCCUCCUGAUCAGUUGGUCCAGCUACACAGGAGGAGGAGGGUGAUGUCAUUGAUAUGUUUGCAAGCUGCAUCAGGUUUCAUGUCAUUUGUUUAUUUGGCAGGACACUUCAGUCUGUGUACUUAUCCACUCUUGUGUCUGUGAUUGAAUCGUCAUUAAGAUCUUACACCUCUUGCUGCUUCUGGGAUGAGAUCAAACACCCCAAAAACAAGGAAAAUGUACAGAAAUAGUCCUAACAGUCAAGAACAAAGGAAAAAUACAACAUGCUGGUGGGUGAUUUUAAAUCGAAAAUGUAUAUUGCUUUCGUCAACUCACUGAUUCUUCCACCUGUUACUGUCCAGGGCCGGAUGAUUCUCAGUCUUGUGCUUCUUCCUCACUCUCAUCUUCCACUGUCUUCUUAUCUCACAUUGCACCACUCUUUGCACCUCCCUCAUUUGGACCACUAUGACUCUUUCCAUCACCCAUGCAGACGUCCACUAACUCUUCCUAGCUUAAAAAAACUAAACUGUCAUAUAUUUGACAAAAGGGAGUGAGAGACUCUGUAAACCCCUUUCCAUUCAUUCAUGCAUAUGUGUAUAAGGACACAUGGGUCUAUAUAAAUAAUAUGCCGUGCAUUCUGUACAGCUAAAGUUAAGCACGUGUAUGCAGAGUGAGCCGCUUGUGUAACAGAAAAUCGGUGAGUUGGUUCAAACAAAUGUUUUAUGUUGUAGAGAGUAAUGUUUGCAUGGUGUACCCCAUCAGAUGUGCUUUAUUUAUUAAAUUUGUGUUUAAAAGGAAAAAGUGCAAAUAAAAUUGACAUAAAUAAAAAAAAAAAAAAAGAUUUU